AACCGGAAGCCCUGAAGGGUCAAAAGAAAUACAAAAGCAAAGGCUAUUUCUUUUCUUAGUUUUCGUUCUUUCUUUUUUUCCUAAAGAGCGAGCGGCCUUUGCGGUGGCGGUUUGGGGUGGGCGCCGCCGCGGUGAGGGAGUCUGGCCUCCCGCACUCUGGUAGACUGAUUCUUUCAUUAUGGAUGGAGGGGAUGAUGGUAACCUUGUUAUCAAAAAAAGGUUUGUGUCUGAGGCAGAACUAGAUGAACGGCGCAAGAAAAGACAAGAAGAAUGGGAGAAAGUUAGAAAACCUGAAGAUCCAGAAGAAUGUCCCGAGGAGGCUUAUGACCCUCGAUCUCUGUAUGAAAGGCUACAAGAACAGAAGGACAGGAAGCAGCAGGAGUAUGAAGAGCAGUUCAAAUUCAAAAACAUGGUAAGAGGCUUGGAUGAAGAUGAGACCAACUUUCUUGAUGAGGUUUCUCGGCAGCAGGAGCUACUAGAAAAGCAGCGGAGAGAAGAAGAACUGAAAGAACUGAAGGAAUACAGAAGUAAUCUCAACAAGGUUGGAAUUUCUCCAGAAAACAAGAAGGAAGUGGAGAAGAAACUGGUUGUGAAACCCAUAGAAACCAAGCACAAAUUCUCCCAGGCAAAGCUGUUGGCAGGAGCUGUGAAGCACAAGAGCUCAGAGAGUGGCAACAGUGUGAAAAGGCUGAAAUCGGACCCUGACCCAGAUGACAAGAAUCAAGAAGCACCGUCCUGUGUGUCUCUCGGAAGCACAUCCCUGAGCAGCCCCUCCAUCCACUGCCCCUCUGCUGCUGUCUGCAUUGGCAUCCUGCCAGGCUUGGGCGCCUACUCUGGGAGCAGCGACUCCGAGUCCAGCUCGGACAGUGAAGGCACCAUCAACGCCACUGGCAAGAUUGUUUCCUCUAUCUUCCGAACCAACACCUUCCUCGAGGCCCCCUAGCUCCUGUGUCCUUUCCUGGGAACGCCUCCCCGAGAGUAGACCGGACAGUACAUUCUGCCUCCAGGCAGUAUUUCCCUCAGAAAACUACUUUGCCUGCUUUCUGUGCACACCGUGACAUUUUUAACCUCAUCUAAAAAUGUGCCAGGAUCCACUUGUGGCCGACUUGUACUUGGUUUUUCUUUCCACUCCUGUGCAGCUGCCCAGCCCCUCCUGCUGCCUCUUUCCUCACUGAUGUGGUGGGGUGGGGGCUGGGGCCCCGCAGAAAUCCACUGAACAUGCCCUGGGAAGAUAGGCACCAGCUGGCUUGAAGAGGGUUUGGGUUAGGUGGCUUCUUGUCUGGAUUUUUUGUUUUUUCCUUGCUCUACAGCAAAAAGGAGCAAGAACAGAUAUUGCAUUGGUAUCCUUUAUUUAGUUAGACUGCAUUGUGAGGCAUGUGGGGGACAAGAACUGAUCCAGCUGAUGAAAUGGAGUGUCCCCUGGAACUAACCCAUUCUUGAUGUUGUGUGACUAAGUAAAGAUUAUAACCUGUACCUGCAAGGGGUGUCACUUAACACUCAUCAUUCCUUGUCAAGUUCUCUUAAUCUUUGCCAUCCCUCUUCCCUCCCUCCAAUCCCAUUUAAGACUCUAAACCUUAGAGAAACAUAGGCCCUGGUAUGUCCCUGUGGCCAGAACGCAGAUGUGCUGCUAGGUGUGUGGAUGAGAUAACUUGGUUCCUGGAGGCCUGGAGUUGCACCCCAGUGGGGUCCAUCUGUGUGGCCUGCCCAUCCUCUGCUGUCUUGGCCAGGAGACAUCGACAGUUGUGGAUUCUAACAACAGAAGUUAUUUCCAGCCUAAAGGGGCUGCCCUGGUCCUUUCCUCUGCUUCUAUCCCCUGCCCUACUGCUCUCUCCCCUUCUCACACAGAGCAGCUAGCUCGAGGCUGUGAGCAGCCAAGACCUGGCAGCUCUGCUCCCCCUCUUUGUCCCGUAAAGGGAGACGGGAAGACAGACACGAUGUGGUGGCCUCAAGGACAGAGGUUGGCAUUUUAAGAAAAUAGUCCGUGUGCUCCCCUGCUUUAGGAGAAUGAGGCUAUACGGUUCUUUCUUACCUUGGUUCCUACGUCAAUUGUUUCUCCUUCCUUGGGUGUGAGACAGAGAGAGACAUGUACAGAAUGUGUUGACACUGCGAUGCUGGCAGGCAGAGGCGCUGCUCGGUUUUAACGUGGGCAGAGAGGCCCCUGGAUCUCAUCCAGCCCACUCCUUUCCCCCUUCCCAUGCAGUGACACUGGUGCCCGUUGGCAGAUGGUGACUUCCCGUCACCCAUAACUGAUGCCUUGUGGAUUCUUCCUCCUUUUCAGAACUGCUCUGUGCUAAUUGUUCCUGACUGUCAGUACAGGCGCGUCAGCCCCAUCCUAACAAGCAAGACGUUAGGUAAAACUGUGUAGGCACCUUCUGCCUCUCUGCUUCAUUGUUCCUGCGAUCGGGCUGUCAUUAUUACAGCACGUACCCAGCGCAACCUCUUAUCACUUCAGGCAUCAAAUCCACCGUCGUUUUGUGGUUUGACUUUUAAGAGGUCGUUUCUCCACCUGUGGCUUCUGUUGAUGUUGGGAGAAGUUGACAAAGGGUUGCAGGGAUUAAAAACAUACAUUAACUUGAAAGCUAUAAGCCUGUUGGAGAACAAGAGCUUUUCCUAUGCUGAAUCUUGUGCUCCCAACUCCCUCCCCGUCCACCCUAACAUUAACAGCUUGAUUAUGCUAAGAAGGUAGAGACUAUAAAGACUGAGAUUUCUGCUCUUCAUGUGUUGGGAGAACCUGGGAGUUGCUGGUGAUCAUUUCAUUGUAUUCUGUUGUCCCCAUUAAUGCAGGGCCCUGUUGCUGAGAUGCUGGGUCUGUGAAGCCAUGGAGAACAAAGCAGGGUCUGGUCUGCUGAGUGGAGAAAGCAGCCUUGAAAAGCAUUCAGUGUACACCAUGUAGUUCAAACCCAAAGGAGAAUAGAAAGACAGGGACAGAAGGAAACACUGCUUUAAACCAUAAGAUGUGGCUUUCCUGCAUUAAUAAUAGUGGGACUUUAUCACUAAGGAAUUGGAGAUAGAGCAAAGUCUGGUGUAGGGUUUCUUCAGUCUUGCUUACAUUGUUCUGAGUGGUGCAUUCCACAACUUAAACCAUGCGAGAGAGGAAGCUUAUUGGUGAGAAACCCCGUAGCCUAGCUGGGGUCACACCCUGCCUUCCCUGCCACUUCUUGCCAUUCACCUGUGUUGUGCAGCUCUCCCAGGCCGGGUAGGUUCAUUGUUGAUUCAGGCAUGUGGAAAGAUAAUUUUGGAGCCUUUGGUAUCUCUAACAUGCCUUUAAUGCUGAAUCAAGGGACCAGACACACAGACCAGCAGACAGCAGCUGAGCCUUCUAGUCCCCACGACUCUCCCUUACACCCAUGCUUCUCCAGGUGUCCAUUUUUACAUAUGCUUCUUGGCCCAGGUGUCUGAUAUCAUAGGUGCUCAUGCCCCGUGCUCUUGCUCCCAGGUGCCUUUUGCAAUAAAAUGUUAUCUCUCAUGUGGGUAAUGAAACCU